AUGAACAAUCAUUAUGAACCAUAUGUUAGAAAUAAACGAGAUUUAAAAGUUCCAUACAUUUCAUGCUAAGAUUAUACAAAUUUAGAGUAGGCAUCUAAAUUGAUACCUGCUUUGAAGUAAAUAAAUUAGAGUGAAAGACAUUUGGCAGAUGCUACUAAUGCAUAUUCAUACAUACUUCGUAGUAACAAUGAUGAUGAUAUUCAUAAGUCUAUAAAAUAUGGAAUUUGGACAUCAAGCAAAGAAAACAAUGAGAAGUUGAAUGCAAAGUAUUUGGAGGCUCAAUAGGAUGAAAUUCCAGUUUAUUUGUUUUUCAGCGUAGUUAGAAGUGGGCAAUUUGUUGGAGUGGCCAAGUUGACAUCUGGAUAUAAAGAGGAGAGCUUCCAAUAUUGGUGGGAGAUAAAGAAAUGGAAGGGACAUUUCAACGUGUAAUGGUUGUAUGUAAAGGAUGUGCCAAAUAAACAUUUUGAGCAUCUGAGAAACAGGUUAGAAUUAAUCAUAACUGUGAAUAGUGAUAACGUAGAGGUGACUAGAUCGAGAGAUGGCGUAUGUCUGAGUUGGGAAACUGGGAAGGAGAUGAUGAAAAUAUUUGAAGAAUUUUCAGAUAAAAAAAGCAUUUUGAAUGAUUUCACAGUAAUUGACGAGAGAGAAUAAGCGUUGAGAUAAUACAAAUAUUAGAUGCAGCAGUAACGCAAUCAACAAUAAUACUAUCCUUAUUAUCAAUAUCAAUAUUAUGAUUACCAAUAAUAAUACCAAUAGUAUCCUCAAAAAUAUCAAUAGUAGUAAUAUCAAAAUUAUUAUUGGUAACAACCCUAGAAAUGAUUUUAUAUAACAUAGAUUGUUAAAGUUUCACCAUACACAUUAAACAAUAAAA